AUGGCAGAUAUCUCCUUCAGAGGAUUUAUUUCAUUAAAAAAUAUUAAAAAUCCAGAAUAUGAAAUGGAAUAUCUAUUAGAUCCAGAAAAUAAUAAAUAUGUAAGAGAUAAAUUACCAAUUAAAAUUUAAAAUUUUGAAAUCAAAAAAUUAGAAUGGAUUGAUUUUAUAGGUAAACCAAAUUUAGAAAUGCCUUAUAUUGCUCAUUGUUAUUGGAAUAUUAUAUACGAUUAUUAAAUGAUUGAAGAAAAAGAAGAACCAUAAAUUAAAAAAUAACAAUCGCCAAUAUUACCUAUAUUAAAAACUAAUGAAUCUUAAGAAAAAGAUCAUCCUUUAGAUUUAAAAUAAUCACCUCAAAUACCUUUUAGUAAAAUUAAUGAACCAUAAGAAUAAUAAGGUAUUAAAUAAUAAUCACCUAAAUUACCACCUAAAUAACCUUUAUAAUACAAUAAUCAAUUACCUAGAAUUAAUAAUAGACUCUUUAAUAAACCUCCAACACCUUCUACAAGAGUUUCAAGUGUUUAAAAAAUUACUCGCUUAUAAACUCCUAAGAAUUCUUCUCCUUAAAAUAAAGUUGCUAGAAGUAAUUCUAGUUACAGUCUAAAAAGAUAAUCCCCUGCAAAUCAAAAAAUUAAAUUAUAAGUUUCUUGUAAAUUCUCAGAAAAAUCUUGGGCUAAAUCAACUACUGAUAAUGAACUAUUAGAACAUGAAACUGGACAUUAUUUAAUUGGAUGUUUAUGUGCUUUAGAAUUCAAAAGAUAAAUUGAAUAAUUAGGAAUUUUAAAAUCAGAUAAUCAUAAAUCUGAAAUCAAUUCGAUCUUUCAAACCAAUUUAAGAAGUUUUCUUAAAAUUGAAAAAGAUUAUGAUGAUGAGACUAAUCAUUACUUUGAUACUAAUUUAUAAAAAAAAUGGAAUCACAAAUUAAAAGAAUAAUUGUUAUUAUAUGAAAUGUAUUUUAACAAUUGA